AAAACAACCAUAAAUCUAGGGCCAUGAUUUUCACUCCAAAACAACUAAACAAAUCUCAAAUGGAUAAAUUAUCUAACCCUUUAUUUCUACUUGUUUUGCUUAUCUUCAUCAAUAGCAAAAUACAAGUAAUUCAAGGAGAUGAUGAAUUCAUCAAAAAAACAUGUAACAACACUCAAUAUAGUGAUCUAUGCAUCUCCUCCUUGAAAUCAUAUCCUUUGAGCUCAAAUUCAGAUCUAAAAGGGCUAGCAAUUAUCAUGGUGAAUGUAGCAAUGGUGAAUGCAUCAGAAACUUAUGCUUAUUUAUCAUCACAAUUACAAGUGAUUAGUAGUAAUAUUAGUAGUAAUAAUAGGGAUACUAAUAUGAAAAAGGUAUAUCAAUUAUGUGCUUCUUUGUAUUCUUAUGCUAAUGAAUCUCUUAAUUCUACAUUACAAGAUUUGUCUUUGGAAGAUUAUGAUUAUGCUACUAUUGAAGUAAUGGGUGCCUCUGAUUAUUCCAACUCUUGCCACAAUGCAUUUAAUAGGUACCAUGGUAUGGAUUAUCCUAUGGUGCUUAAGGUUAGAGAAGAUGGGUUUAAGCAUAUUUGUGCUGUGAUUUUAGGAAUAGUUGAUCAACUAUAUUCAAUUGAUAACCAUUCUUAAUUAGUGUGUAAUUUUGUAAUAGUUUUCAUGUUUAGUUGUUUUAUAUUAUGUUUAAAAGGCAAAAUGAUAUUGUUGUUAUUUGUUCAUUUUCAGCUGUUCAAUAUAUUAAGAUCGGUUUUAUCA